GCCAGGCUGUCUGCCAGCUCCGGAGACGCUCGUUGCGACGAAACCGACCGGGGAAAUGCCACGGCAUGGCAUAGAUAACAAACAUAUAGUGCCGUUACGAUAUAAUACAGUUUACAUCGUACACGUACUGUACAAAAAGGUAUCUUAUCGCGACGCUUUGCCCGCGUUUAAAGAUCAAAUAAGACCUUUCCGCAUGAGAAAGAAAAAAAAUAUAUGUAUAUACUACUUUCCGGGGUUGUUUUUUUUUUUUCGUUUUUCAGCUUUACAAUUUUAAGUUGAUAAUGUGGGGGGAAUGAUGGCAACAUUUUUGCGCGUAUGCAUGAAUUAAUUGAUUUCUCAAGUUAUUCAGUUUUAUUCGUGGAAAAUGCAUUUCUAAUUCAUGUAUGCCGAUGGAAGUUCAAAUUUCUAGCCACUGUUUGACAGGUGAUAUGCAAUGGUUCCAAACUCCGGUGAGAAAAAAAAAAUAUGGUGGCCUUAAGAGUGUCGGCCUGAGUGGUUGAUGCGUAGAUAAUAGCGAAUGCGUUAUCGCCGUGUAAGAUCGUAAGCGUGAUUUGUAUGUUAUUUCAUUUGGCGAGUCCGACUGCUGUCUCAUGAAUUAUUGUUGCGGUAUUUUUUUAUUUUUUUUUCAAGCGUUAAUGUUACACUUCCAUGUACCCUAUACAGAAAUGCUCACCUGACAACAAACUUAGCGGGCGCUAAGUGACUGCUUAUCAGCUGUAGAGCGGGUCAUAUUCAUAUAAUUUUAACUGCUCUCGAAAAGUCGUUUUCUUUUGGGUUGAAAUACUGAGAGGGAAAAACAAUUUCUUAUCCACAAUAGUCGAGCCAUUUUGGCAGCUCAUUCAGCAAUGGUCGCCGCUUCUGAUGCUGGACAUUAUUGUAACCCUUAUCGUAGGAUGUGUGAGUUUCUAGCAUUAAUUACAUGUUAUUUGAACGUUGGUUGUCGCACGUACUCGCUAAAUAUGAUUGAGGGGAUCCGCCAAAGUUCUUGAGGUACUAUCCAGAAGCUAUCGCCAUAAGUUGGCUGCAAUAAAUGCAGAAAUGGGAUAGAAAAAGAUGCACAUUCAGUAGCGUACAGAAUGGUAAAAUUCCUGCUGUGAUAUGAUUAGCAUGUUGGAAUUCUGAUUUGGUACCUGUUAAUCCUGGAGGGAUCUUGCUCAGUCUACUUCCGUUUUUUUUUUUUUUUUCUUUCAUUUUGGUUGGUUUUUUGUUCCAUGAACGACGUUCGAAACCGAGAAGGAAGGACGGUUUGUGUGUCGAAAGAAAUUAAGUCAGCGGAUGUUUCUCACGCUGUUGUAACCGACUCACCUGUAUAGGCGUGGAAGGCUAAUUAGUAUGCCUAAGCACGGUAAUUUCCCGCCAAGUGAAUAAACAGAUCAUGUCGUUGACUUAAUCGUGGCUUCCGUGUAAGGAAAAUUCUGGUAAACUUCGUAAAUCAUCUGAAUUCUUUUUAAUCGGAAAAAUGUAAUUUUUUUUUUCUUUUCCAGUUCUUUUAGUCGACUACAUCGCAAUCUAUAAUAUUUUUUAUCAGACAAAGCUCUCUGCUCUGCUUUUAGGUGAAAUAAUUGAUAAAGUUCCCGAUAUAUACUAAUGACAAGAUCUUCUUUCUAUGGUGAUGCCUGCUGCCAGAACAAAAUCUCCAACGCCAUCUAUCAUUAAGUAUAAAUGUUAGUGCUAAUACUAUUUCCUAGAUGUCGGGAUAGUUAUUUGCAGACGGUAAUCCAGCGUGUGGUUUUUGUUGUUGCUAAGUUGAAUUCCAUUUGUUAUAUUCUGAUUUUAUGCAAAUAUGUUGCGAAUUAUAAGCAAGCUGAGAGUUCCAGCCCAGCGAUCCCUAAUGAUGCUGUGUGAAAAAUCAAACGUUAUUCGUUCAUUGGCGUCGGAUGUUCGGUACCAUGACCGGCGAUCCUUCUGCCAUAGUCUACCUUCUUUUCAAAAGAAAAUGAUUUCUGUCACAUUUGUAAAUAGAGAAGGUAAUUCCAUGCUAGUCAAAGCCAAAGUGGGUGAUACAUUCCUGGAUGCUGCCAUCAAUAAUGACGUGGACCUAGAAGGUUUUGGUGCUUGUGAGGGCACACUCUCAUGCUCAACAUGCCAUAUAAUUUUCAAGAAGGAAGAUUUUGAUAAACUUCCAGAGAAACCAUCUGACGAAGAGAUGGAUAUGCUUGAUCUAGCAUACGGACUUUGUGACACAUCUCGCUUGGGAUGUCAAAUUACUUUGACAGAAUCAAUGGACGGUAUCGUCGUAACAGUUCCGGCUCAAGUAGCAGAUGCCAGGGAUCGAUAGCACUUAGCACAAAUUUAAAAGCUGUAAUAUACUUUCUCGAGCAUUACAAAAUACAUUAAAAGUGCAAAGA